AUGUCGCUGGCGCCCGAGCGCAUAAGUAUCAAGCGGAGAAGACAGGAGGAGCCCGUGGAGACACUGUACCUAGAACAGAGUACCGCGCCUGAUCGCAAGAGAAGGGUCACCGACUUCUACUUCCAACGCGUGCAAGAACGCAUCGUUGCUCCAUUAUCUCAGCUGAAUUCUUUACCUCAAUAUACUCGCCCUGCAUCAUCAGGGAUUCCUGCCGUACGCUCCUCAGCUCCUGGGGAUGAUGUGCGGGAUUAUGCGAGGCUCAAGGAAGCUUGGAAGGCCAGGACUGAAGAACAGACAUCUCAACCAUCUCAGACACAAGCGGGAGCAGCUCGGAAUGCUGCCGAAGGCUCGUCAUCACCGAUACCCGCCGAGGACAGAAAUCUACAACAGCAGCAGCAACCUCGCCGCUUCCACCUGACACGUAACCUAUCUUCAGUUGCCCCAGCUCCUGGAAAAAUCCAGAGAACGAAGAUUGAUAUACGUCCACCAUUAGCAACAUUCGUCGAGAGACGCACAGCAUCGUUCAAGCACAAACGUAACCCAAUUUAUCAAAGCGACCCAGUGGACAAAGUGAUUGAUCUUGGGCAAGGCGAGGAUGGAGCAUCACAACUUGUGAGUGGGGACCAAGCACAUAGUCUUGAAGAAUUACAAUCCUCCAAGCGUGCACCAACGAAAUCCUUCGUCAUCGCCGAGGCCCAGUCCGACCGGAAAGGCACAUCGAUACAGGAUCAUCCGAGUACGUGGGAUCACGACUCUGAUCAGCUGGCGGACGAGCUUGCGGCUUUGGCGAUGGAGUUGGACCCAGAGUCCAGAGAUAAAGCCGCCGAGCUUGAAGGCCAGGCAGAAAAGACCCCACCGCCUCCACCUGUCCCUGCCGAUUCGGACAGGAUGGUGCUCGAUGAUAAUGACUUUGUAUAUGAGACGUAUAUUAAAGUCCAGCAUGAUGCAGGGCAGGCCACUCUAGUCGACAUUGACGGAUGGGGCACCAAAAUCGGUGUGCUUGUCAUCGACGAAGAAGACGAGGAUCUCUGGAAUAGGUACGUGGACAGUGAUCACGACGACGACUGGGAUGAAGAAGAUUCGAAUGCUGAGGACAAUCCCGCCAACGACUAUCCAGAAGACGAAGUUAGCUCCGAUGAUCAGUUCUCUCGAAAUCCUUACAAGUAUCGUCAGUACGACUCGGACAACGAAUACGACGAUGACUAUGAUGGCAAGUGGUGA